CCGCUCGCCGGGACGAUUAUUGCCUUGGUAGUGUCGCUUCUCGCUAUAGCGAUACUGUCCGGUUUUGUUACCGAGCGGUUUCUUGGUAUUACAGCCUGGCGGCAGCUUCCUCUCGUCGUCUGGGUCGUCUUCGCUAUAUUCUGCGACUCGUGGGCUUUUGUCUUCACCUCGGCCAUCCUCCAACACGGAAUCGGCGUCAGCACCUCCUAUAAGAUAUGUCAGGGCGCUAUUCUGCUCUGUCUAGUGUGUUAUGUUACCACUAAAAUUUUGAUAUAUUUCUUCCUCGUCGAGAAAGCCUUCUUGAUUCGCAAAGGCACCUCGUCUACAACGCGCUUGACUUCCAAGCUGUACGUAUUCAACUCGUUCGGAAUGUUAUCUGUAUAUGUCGUUGUAUCGGCCUUGAAUUUCGUCUUCCGCAUUGCCCGAAUCGAGCACGGCCAAUGCACCAUUGGAAUGAAGAAGGUGGCCAUGAUACCACUAAUCUCGUUCGACCUCCUCGUCAACAUUUAUUUGACGCUGAUCUUCAUGAUCCCGCUCCGAAGUCUUUACUCGUAUCGAAAUAUGCAACGCACGCCAAUCACUGAUAGGUUGCGCACCGUGGCAAUGCGCACUUUUGUUGGGGCAUGCUGUACGACCGUAUCCAGCGUCGUUAAUCUGAGCGUUCUGAUGGUGCUCAAUGGCGAGCCAGGCUGGGUAUGUUUGAUGUGCUGUAAUAUCGACAUCCUCUUUUCAGCCAUGGUCAUACACUGGGUGACAUCUCGGGACCACAAAGGCAAGGCGUCU